AUGCAGCAAGAGAAGGGUCAGUCUCCAGCACCUCCAUAUGCUCCAGUCGGACAGCAGCCAGUUGGCCACAAUGGCGAUGAUCACAUGGAUAGCAUUCAGAGACCUGUCCCUGCGCAGAGCCAAGGCCCGCAGAUGGUGAUGGUACCGAAUGUCGCUCCACCACAACAGCCGCAAACAACGCCCUUGAAUCUGCUACGAGAGCAACCGGAGCAUGUCUGGUGUCCCGUCAAAGGCCAGGUGUGCCAAUCCAGAGCGGACAGCAAAGAUUCGGACAAGACUUGGCAAGAUCGCCCAUUGCAAUCAUCAUGGACAUCAUUCUGA